CACCUACCCUCUGAGCACUUUGUAGUUUUAAAAUAAUAAAGAGCCCCCAAAGCUUCCUCCCCACAAAAAGCAGGAUCUUCUCAGAGCCAGGGGGGCAGCAGCUCCUCAGCACAGAGCCUGAGCCCAUUCCCAGUCCCUCUGCUGGGGAGGAAACUCUGAUCUGUCAGCCCAACAGAGGGAAAGGGGGGAGAGGAGAGAGAGGAGAAAAAAAAAGCAGCUGGAAAGGGAAAAGGACGUCUGGUAGUUGUGAAGUGAGUCCACUGGAAAAGCCACCACAACGCACUUCACCCCGCACAGACAAUCUGCUUCAUUCUUGAUUCAUCAUCAUUCCAGGAUAGUGGUGUCCUUGGGGCUUUCUCUUAAUAUUGAUAUGAUACAGAAGAUUUAAAAUCAGCUGAUGUUCACAAGGAAUAGAGUCACGUGAUGUAUGAAGGCAAACACAUACACUUCUCUGAGGUUGACAAUAAGCCCUUGUGCUCAUAUAGCCCCAAACUGUGCAAGCAGAGGCGACUUAACGGCUACGCCUUCUGUAUCAGACACGUUCUGGAGGACAAGACUGCCCCCUUCAAGCAAUGUGAAUAUGUGGCCAAGUAUAACAGCCAGCGCUGCACCAACCCCAUCCCCAAAUCUGAGGACCGUAGGUACUGCAACAGCCACCUGCAGGUACUUGGCUUUAUACCGAAAAAGGAGAGGAAGAAAAAGAAUGAUCCCAUAGAGGAGGUAAAGGCAAGGCAUCAGAUGGAUGCUAUGGCCUUCAGCCUGACAGUGCCCACCCUGGCCUUGAAGAUGCCCAAUGGAUUGGAUGGGAUGUCCCUCUCCCCUCCAGGGGCUAGGCUUCCUCUCCACUACCUGGAGGCAGAAUUAGAAGACCCCUUUGCUUUCAACGAGGAGGAUGAUGACCUGAAGAAAGGGGCAACAGUGAGGAAAAAGUUGCAGAGCAAGUUGGCUCAAAACCGACAGCGCCAGAGAGAGACAGAAAUUUUAAAAGUUCGCCAAGAGCACUUUAGCCCCCUUCCUGCACCUUUGCAGCAGCAGCCUCUGCAGCAGCAGCACUCCCAUCUGCCACCUUCAUCAGCUUCGUUAAAGGCGACAGGGCUACCGCAGGGCGUCGUCUGCAAGUCACCUCAACCUCUGAACACCAGCCUACCAAUGCAGGGAGUGGCACCCACCACACACACUAUAGCACAAGCCCGGCAGUUGUCGAGCAAGAGACCUCUGCCUCUUCUGCCACCCACUAGGGCUCCUGUCACGGACCCUCCAAGGACUGACCGGGUCCUCAUGAAAGCCACAGCCUUUUCUCCGCACUCGUCCUGCAUGAGCCGGCUACAGAGACUGGUGAAACUGUGCACUCGAAAACAGCAGCUGGAUGCUGAUCUGUUUCCACAUUUAGGGCUGGAUUGGUCUGAAGACAGUGGAGAAGAACUGGAGGAUUCAGAGCAAACCUCCCCUUACCAGGUUGCGUGGUCUAUCCGAGAAGCCCUUGGCUAUGAGAGACAAGAGUCCGACGAUGACAAUGCAGAUGACAGGAGUUCCAGGGUGACCAGACUUUGCACUUACUUUCAGCAGAAAUACAAGCACCUCUGCCGCCUGGAGCGGGCAGAAUCCCGUCAGAAGAAAUGUCGGCACACACUCCGGAAAGCCUUGCUGCAGGCGGCCAGCAGAGAGCCGGAGCGUGCUGGGCAACUGAUCCAAGAACUCCGAAGAGCUACAUGUGCUCAUACCAGCACAAGCCAAGCAAGGCAGGGAGAUGCAGAACCAACAACCUGUUGUGGGACUUCAAAGGGAGAACAGUGCACUAACAAGGCCCUUCCAUUCACCAGGCAUUGUUUUCAGCAUAUCUUGUUGAACCGUUCUCAGCAGCUCUUCUCAAGUUGCACAGCCAAGUUUGCGGAUGGUCAACAGUGCUCCGUGCCAGUUUUUGACAUUACACAUCAGACACCUCUGUGCGAAGAACAUGCCAAAAAAAUGGACAAUUUCUUGAGAGGGGACAGCUCCCGUAAAGUUCAGCACCAGCAGCAGAGGAAACCCAGGAAAAAAACGAAGCCACCUGCACUUACCAAAAAACACAAGAAGAAGAGAAGGCGAGGUCCACGCCGGCCCCAGAAACCCAUUCCUCCUGCAGUGCCCCAAGGGAACCUCACCAUGCCUGCCAGUGUCUCACUGCCAGUAGAGUUGCCCCACAUACGGAGCCCCUCCACACCAGAGCUGAGUGCCGAUGAGCUGCCUGAUGAUAUCGCCAACGAAAUUACAGACAUUCCACAUGACUUGGAAUUGAAUCAGGAGGACUUUGCUGAUGUCCUGCCACGGCUGCCCGAUGACUUGCAAGAUUUUGAUUUCUUUGAAGGUAAAAAUGGAGAUCUCCUUCCAACUACAGAAGAGGCUGAAGAACUGGAACGGGCCCUCCAGGCUGUAACUUCUCUUGAGUGCCUGAGUACCAUUGGAGUACUUACACAGACAGAUGGUGUGCCAGUUCAGGAGCUGUCAGAUAGAGGGAUAGGGGUGUUCUCUACAGGUGCUGGAGCUCCAGGAAUGCAGUCCUUGAGUCGAGAGGUUAACACGGAUCUGGGGGAGCUGUUGAAUGGGCGUAUAGUACACGAUAAUUUCCCCGGUCUGGAGCUGGAUGAGAACUUGCUCCGUUCUGCUACCUUGUCCAACCCACCUACGCCCCUGGCAGGGCAGAUCCAGGGGCAGUUCUCAGCCCCAGCCAACGUCGGCCUUACUUCUGCCACUCUCAUAAGCCAGAGUGGCCUUGGGGAGAGAGCCUUCCCAGGACAGUUUCAUGGACUUCAUGAUGGCAGCCAUGCCUCCCAGAGGCCCCACCCUGCCCAGCUGCUGAGCAAGGCAGAUGACCUGAUCACCUCACGACAGCAAUACAGCAGUGACCAUUCACACUCCUCACCCCAUGGAAGCCAUUAUGAUAGUGAGCAUGUGCCGUCUCCCUACAGUGACCAUAUCACAUCCCCUCACACCACAUCCUUUUCUGGUGAUAACUUGGCAGCUACCUUCUCAGCAGAGAUGCCCAUGAUGGCACAGCACUUGCUCCCAACUCAGCUGGAUGUGCCACUUAGCGGGGUGGUCAACCCCAGAACUCACUGGGGAAAUCUUCCUGUCAAUCUUGGGGACCCCUCUCCGUUUAGCAACCUUCUCGGUGCAGAUGGACACCUCCUGUCCACCUCUCUGUCCACACCACCUACCACCUCGCACUCAGAGACCACACAGCCUGCCUUCGCCACUGUGACCCCCAACAGCUCCAGUGUGCUUCCGGGGUUACCGCAGACCAGUUUUAGUGGCAUGGGUCCUGCCUCUGCUGAACUCAUGGCCUCCACCUCCCCUAAGCAACAGCUCCCUCAAUUCAGCGCAGCCUUUGGGCACCAGCUGAGCUCCCACAGUGGCAUCCCCAAGGACCUGCAGCCCAGCCACAGCUCCAUAGCUCCUCCCACGGGCUUCGCAGUGACCGGUGCCACCGCUACCAGUACCAAUAACGCAUCCGCGCCCUUCACCACCUCCAACUGAGCUUGUCUGCCUGGCUCUCUGCAGGUAGAUGGGGGACCUGUGUUUUCUAUCUUUCCUUUUUUCCUUUUUCUUUAUUUUUUCUGUCCUCCCUUCCCUUUUUUUUAAGAGGGGGUUGAGAAGAAAACCCCUGCUUCAGUACUGACCAGGGUUUGCCCUCUGUGAACCUUGCUGUAGCGUUCACAUGUGCUUGUUACGCACCGGUGCUCAUUUAUUGCAGGCAGGUUCACUGUUCCCCAAUAAUUCCUUAAGGAUACAGCACAGUUACUGGAUGUAAUUGAUCUUAGCAGUAAGACCUGGAAAUGGGAAGAUACCUCAGAUUACUGAUGCAUGUUACUGUUUCCUAAGGUUUGGAUCAGUGCUUGCCAUCCUAUUAGCAUCUGGUAGAAGGUUUUCCAGUGGGCAUAAGUCUCUUUGAUUUUUUUUUAUUUUAUUUACUUUUUUCCAAAGGUAGCAUCUGGUGUGGAAAACUUGGCUGCACGUAUUUGGUUUGAGAAUGGUGCACUGAAGUCCUAAAUCAAGAUCAUGGUUCAAGGAUGAGUUUGGCAGUUUCUUAAAACAGUCUCUUGACCUCCUCUGUGUGUGUGUGUGUGUGUUUGGGGUGCAGGGAGCAGCAGUUCCUUUUCUUGUUUUGGUGAUGAAGUGGGAGUUGUCCCCUUCCAGAACUGGUCACUGUUCUUACUGCAUGCUGAUUUUGGGGUUUUUUUUAAUUAUGAUGAUUUUUAAUUCAUUGAUCAGCAAGGGGAUCCGUUGACUGGUUGCCCAGAAUCUGAAGGCUGAUACAAAGUUAGGCCAGCAAAACAAAGAAAAAUUGAAGAACUUAAAUAGAUCAUGGAUUAGUGAAGAUUCCUGUGCAGAUUUUCCCUCCCUUGCUGAAUUACUGUGGCCUUGUAGCAUUGAUGAUUUGCCUUUUCAAGUGUGGCUUUGUCCAGAACUCCUUGUCUGACAGGCUGUACUUCCCAGCUGAAACUGGAAGAAUUUGGUUGAUAUUCUGCCCAUCCACACAAGUCUAGGUCAGACCCUUUGGUAAGUUUCAAACUGAAGCAUUUCUCAAAUUAUGUCUAGCUACUGAGACUUUCUUGGAUAGUUUUUUUUUCUCCCUGGGAGCCAAAUAGUUCUUUUGACACUUGUAGGUUUGAUGGUCUAUAUGGGAAGCUGAAUGUAUGUAAGGAACUAGCAGGUACCUAUCAGCAGUCAUAGCUAGCCAAAAGAGAAAUCAGUAAAGCAAAAUAGAGGGAUAAUUCCUUUGGUAUGCUGGACAGUUUUGCUUUCACUGGCCACCUGCUAAAGAUAGUAUUCUGUCUCAUUGGUAGUAAUUUCAGUUCGUAAAGAAAGGAGUCCACUAGCUUUUACAUGUUUGUUUUUUGGGUUUUUUUUGGGUUUUUUUAAGUGUUUUUUAACCCAAGAGAUAACAGCAGCAGAAUUUAUGAGGUGUUCACUUGCAUCCCUUUGUCAGGAAGGGAAAAGAGGAAUUUGCUUGUGACUUAAUAGGGGUCAAACUGGCUACUGUACUCUGACUGUAAAAGUAGCUUCUACUUAAUAUAGCAAGUCUCUACUCUUCUUGGUUUGUUUCUGAGAUGCAGAUGAGAAAGAACAGAAAAUCCCACAUUUCAUUCUCUACUGUAGAGGACAGAUUUCAUUCUAUUGUACAGUAAAGUGUCCUACUUGCAUGUAUCCUAGUCUUAUUCAGGAAAUUGAGGUGCAAGCACAUGUAAUGGGGAGGUCUAAUAACCUGUUUGAGCAAGGGAUCAUUGGAUGAAGUUUAGUUGCUAUAGAAAUUAAUUUUGGUAGCAGUCCCACACCAAAAUCUCUGACCCAAACUUCUCCUUCCAUCUUGCUAAGGAACAGAUUUAAAUGGGAUAGGUCUUGUGUCUUCUUACUAUAGUAGCAAUCAUACUAUCCCUCUUUCCUUGAAAGAUUUGUUCUCCUUAUGUAUAAAGGAGUAUGGGUGAUGCUUAUGUCAUUUUCUGAAAUUGCAAGUGUAUGUGGGUGGAGGAAACAAAAAUUAUUUUCAUGCUUCUGUUGUUAUAAAGUCCAUAUUUCAUACUUGGUAAAAUAGAUCUUAAUAAUAUAAGCCGAAUAUUUUAAAGUGGCGAUUUAAAUAUGUUUGUAACAUUUAAAUGUUUUUAAAUCAUGUAAAAAGUUGAAUUGAAGCCUAUGAAAUCCUGCUCGUGAUUGUCCUGCUGAUUGAGGAAUGCCCAGUGGUAUUGUGAAAUGAGGCAAAUCUGAUGAGGCAUUUAUUUAUUUUGUAUUAUGUUCCCCAUACUUUGCUGAGGAGACAACUGUUUGAUUUGCAAAUGAUUUUUGUUGUGUACACAUACCUUCCUCAAUAUAUUUGGAUGACUGGCUGAAGAAGACUGGAGAACCUAGUAUACCAAAUGGUUAAUUCUUUAAUCUCUUUGUGUAGUCAUGUCAUUUUAGAGGAUGUUAAUUUCUAUAAAGUGGUUUCAGGUCUUUGGUCUUGAAAUCAUUCUUGUGCCCAUCAAACUCUUUAACGAACCUGCAGCUAGUGCAGAGCAUGUGUGCCCCAUAUCACAUUUCUCUUUCUUAGCAAAUGCCAGGGGGAAGGGAGGAGAGGAACUGAGAGCCAAGUUCUGCUUGCUCUUGUUGGUGUAAAUGACAGAGAAGCUCUUUGGUCUAAGGUCACUGUGAGUUUGUACUGGUCUAAUUCGGAAUAUAACCCAGAUCCUAAUCUGAGCAUUGACGUAGACAAAGAAUUUAAAAGCUGUUGAAGUUACGCAGGUCCAUAAUUCCCAUUUGAAAUCAAUGGCCUUUAUGUAAAUGUAUUUCUUUAAGACAGCCUAGGAUAUGAACUCUCUUUCCUCGCUUAGACUUCAAUUUUUGUAUAUCCCUUGAUGACUCUUCCCUGAAAAGUGACUACAUAACAUUUUUCAAUGAGCAAACUAAGUUUGCAAUAAAGCUGCACUUUUAAAAAUGAACUUUAGUUUGUAUACAUUUGAAAUAGGAAUCCCUCUGUCCUGUCUGACACAGAAUUCUGAAAUGGGCCACCACUCUUGCCUUUUCCUGGUUCACCUCAUUUUUUCACUGCUGCCAAUUUCAUGGUUACAGCCUACCAAACAGUUACGGGUCUUGAUCUUAGCUUUACAAAGUGGAUCAUUGCAGGUGGGCUUCUACACCCACACACCUGUUGACUUCAUUUAACCAGUGUUUUACUGUUGGAUGUGAGAGAUCCCAUCUGAGAGGUAUGUGCAGCCAGAGAUGUUUCACACCUCUUCCUCUGGGAAAUACUGCAGGUUUGGUUAAGGUAGUCUUUGAGGCUGUUAUUUAUGUGGUUCCUGAGUAGAAUCCAUUCUCUCUUGCAAAGUUUUUUCAGUAUCAUCUUGUGGUGUAGCAGUUAGCACUCGAAUCACCCUUUCACUGCCGAUCCAGGUUUGCAAAUUCAGUCCUUUGAUUUAAGUCAAUACCUGUCAUGCCCUUUAGUGUAUUAACAAAUGGAAUAACACUAGUUGAACCUAAAAGUUAAUUUCUUUACAUAAGAUUUGAGUUUUAAAGAAUUGGAAAAAAAUUAGAACAAAAUACCAGUAACAUCAUUUUUUGGAAUAAUAACACCUCAGUUAGUCUUAGGAUUCUAUGAUUCUAUGAUUCUAUGAUUCUUUUUAUGAAGCUACGUAACACAAGAUGAACUUUGAUAGUGUACAGAGGCUCAUCAGGAACAUGCUGGCCUGCUGUGUAAGAUAUUCUGUGAUAUAUGCUUUUGUCUCCCUUCACUUAGGAAGGCUUUACAACAACUUUGGGGGGAGUCAUAUGCACUUAGAUACCUCAAAGUUGAUUUGCUCUUUGGCCUUGUAAUUACUAUGAUACAAGAAGAUGUACGUAUGAUGUAAGAUGGAAAAGAUGCCACAUUUUGUCUCCUUCAGGUUCUUGCUUAAUUCCCUUCUCAUCAGUAGUGUACUUCUCUCCAUGGCUGGGCAUCAAGGCUUUAAAUCAGUAAUGAGGAGAGGUAGCACAGUUUCAGGUCUGCCUCAGACAUGGCGGGGAAGAUGGCAACAGCUAGAUUCCUCACUUAGUUCAGCAGGUUAGUGAAAUGAGGAUUUGCAGUUCUCAGUGGGAAAGCAUUGGAAGGCCCUGAGAACCUUAUCACCUGCUAGGCAAAAAUUAGAGAUGGUAUUGGAAAUACAAAUGCAAGGAAAAAAAUACCCAAGGAGAGUCAUCCAUAAUAGCAAAGAGUAGCCAAGGGAAGUGCAUUUUUUUAUUAUUAUUUUUUUAAUUCCUUUCUAGAACAAGAUGGUUAUUAUUUGAAAAAAUGUGAAUUUCUGUUGUGAGCUCUCAGGCACAGCAUGAUGCCACUGGCUCCAGGGGCAUGGCCAAGGUGAAGGGUCUAGGACUGAAUCUGCAAACCAGUAAUCAAAUUCAGGAUGAAGCUUCAUUUUGCUGUAACAAAUCUCAGUACAGCCUGGGAUUGAAUGUCCUUGCCUGGAAAGAAGAGUCUCAUGAAGGAGUACAAUAAACAGUGGACAGGUGCCUUUCCUAAGAAGCUGGCCCUGGUGGUUAUAUACACGUAUUGUUAGUCUGUUUCUGAUCUCCAGCUCCUGCCUGAGCUGCUGCAGCACCUUGGCUGCUGCCUUUCACUGUAGGCAUUGAAAGGGCUCAUGGAGUAUUUCUGCCUGUGUUUGUGCUGCAGUGAGCUGAAUCCACUGAUGAUUUCUCCAACAGUAUGAGCCUUUGGGCAGGAAGGAGGGAAGCAUAUUUAGAAGAGCCAGCUACCUGCUGUUGAAUUUUUCAAUACUUGUAGGGGUGCAGGGAUGGUGGCAGAAAGUGCUUUUAGCAGAUAAACAGAAAACUUACCUGCAGUGAUGAGUGCCUGGGCAGUUUCCCUUGUGGAAUGUUACCUUUUGCUUUUGUAUUUUUACCAUUACAUGUGAAGGAGUCUCCUGUGCAGGCCUGUGCAAGGUCUGGUGGUGGUAGAAAUAGUAACUGCAGAAAUAGUUCUGGGCUGAUGUGCUGACCAGAUCUCUAGGUCUUUCUGAUCUGGUCACAAAGUCUUUCUGAUCUCUUGGGUAACAUUUAAUGAUGGAUACUAUGGGCUGCUUCUCAUACCUCUUUACUUCUUUUCUAUGUUAUUCAUAAUUCUUUCUUGUAUUCUCCCAUUCUCGGGUACUUCUCCUAUGUAAGUAAUGCGAACCAGUAAGUCUUCCGUUGUCCUGAGUGAAUCUGAUUAUAAAACAAAAAGGAGGAGAGAUUCCUGCAAUUCAUAACAUACAUUUUCAAUGCUAGAAUGACAGCGCAGUAGAUCAAACUAUUUCUUAGAAUGAGUAAUAUAAUGUUUCACAGUACUCUUAAUAUGUCAUGAACUAAAUGUUGAGGGUGAAAUACUGAUCAUGGGAGUGCACACGCUAGCAGUGAAUAUGCAGGUGUUUAUAGCAAGAAUUUACUUUCUCACUGGUUCCUCUUCUUUUGAGUACAGCCUCAAUAGAAAGUCACUAAGAAAAAUAAAAAUUAUUUGUUUUAAUAACCUGCAAGCCCAAAUAGAAGUAAGGAGGAUUGGUGAAAAAAAACCCCAACAACUACAUUUGUGUUUACUAAACUUAAAGUUGGACUUAAGGAGAGGUCUGGUCAUAAAAGACCGUAGCUCUAUCAGGUGAAGUUUUGUUUUUUGGUUUUCUCUUUAAGACUAGACAAAAACAUUGUUGGCAAAGAAAAGCUUGGUGGAGGAGAAGAAGUUACAAUAGAUGUGUCUUAGUAUAAUUUUCUCAUUCACGUCUUCAGCCAUUAAAAAAAUCAAACAACAAAAAACAGCUGUUUUCCCUUUGCUGUUCUGCUUCUUCUUGUGUUUACUGGAUUUUUUGCUUUUCCUUGUUUUAUUCUGCUAUCAUAUACUCCCUCUCUAGCUACUAUGGGAUUAAGUAGUGGAAGCAUGAAAGGAGAAAGUUGGCUUAGCUGUAGAUUGACAGCAGUAGUUGGAGAAAGCUUUCUUUUUCUGUCUCCUUGAAGUAAGUGUUGGCAACUUUUCAGUCUGCUCUGGCUCAUAGAAUUCCACUUGGAAGUGAACAGGAUGAAACUAGGGCUUUUGACCUUAAAACUGUACUAACUAGAUGUAGGAAAAUGCAUCCUUCCCUUGCUAGUCCCCCAAACACACACAGUGAGAUGUCCAGGGUCCUCGCAUGUCCACCGCAUAUGCGUGUUGAACUUGGUCCAGUAAUGCUGAUGCUUUACCUGCUCUCUGUUGCCAUCAGCCAGUGCCCGUGGAGGUAAACUCUGAAUAGGUAACAUUCCCAGAUAUCCUAUGGAAAACUUUAACUUUGGUGCAGAUUGCUCUGAUGUAGCUAACUGCGAUGGCGUUGGCUUCUGCCUUGGAGUGGACUGAUUUACCCUGAAAUGACUCUAACCUGCCUCUUAAACAGUGUAGUUGGUUCUGUGCAAAUAGAUUCAUUCUGCAGUGAUGGACAGUUCAAUUCUCAUGCAAAAUCACUUCAUCCUACCAGAAGGGGUUGAACCAGUUUCUCUGAACAGUGAUGACCUUCACUGUACAGUUUUGGGUAUGUCUCAGGGAUUCCUUGUGGAAAUAAGGGCAGUUAACAAAAAAAAAAAAGAAAAAAAAAAUAAAUAGUUUUAAAAGUAAAUAAUAAUUUAAGGUAGAGCGUCACCUAAGUGAGAGCGCAAGAAGGAGAAAUCUUUGUUCAUUUUUAUAGUCCACAGUGUCUGGCUUAGGGACUCUUUCUCUUCUCGGGGCUCUCAUCUCAAGUUCAACUUACAGAAUCUUUUUCAUCACGCUCAGCUUUAAACUUUUUAUUUAAAGAUACCCUUCCCCAAUGAGCUUUCAGAAUACUUAUUGUAGAUUUUAAGAGAAAUGGUAUAUUAAUUUAUGCUAUUAACAUCACCUCAUAAAUUAUAAGUUUUAUACUAAAGCUGUAUUGAGUGUAAUGAAUUAUGUUGCAUAUGUGUUUUUAAUAGCUAUAAAAUUAUAUACAAGCUUUUUUGGAAAAACAAACUAGUGAAGCACCUUUUUACACUGGAUCUUUGCCGUGUCAAGGUGUACAGCUAUUCUUUGCUACCUUGCAGAUAUCUAUAUCUAUAUAUAGAUAUAUAUAUAAAUAAAAUAAAAUGGUAUCCUGUAUCAACAAAGCAUAGAACUCUUUUUAACCCUUAUAUUACUGUUCCUAUAACUCUUUUUAAAUUUUAUUUUGAGUGUUACAUCCUGCAAUAAUUUAUCCGUGGUUUGUACCUAUGAUUAGAAAUUUAGUUACAGGGUAAAUAGAUCAAAUUUUUAAAAUCCAACUACUAUAUCUGGAAGUUGUGAACCAAGUUUGUAAGACCUUUGCGUUUUUUUAAAUGUAUUUAUUUCCAGUUAGCUCUGUUAGUUGGAAUUUGAAAAGUCAGAACGUUAGAAAUCUACAGUGUCUUAUUCAGGAAUUUUCCCCUCCUUUCCUCACAAAGGAAUUCCCACUGUGACUUAUAAAUAGAAUUAGACUGCUUGUGUGCAUGUAUGUAUUAUAUAUACACACAAAAAUAUGCAUUGGGGGGAUGUAUGUGCGAUACGAAUGUGUAUAUUGUAUGUAGGUCAUAGUUUUGUAAAGAGAAAAGUAGUUGAGAGGUGAUGGAAUGUAUUGUAGAAAUGUGAUUAUUUAGUAGGGGGUUGUUAUGUCCUCAUUGUUGUAUAAAUAACCGAAACUCUCUACUACAUAAUCUUCUGUUAUAAGGCUAACUCUGAUAUCAUGUCAAUUUUACUGUUUUUUAAAUGAGUUGCAUUGAACCCUGUUGAAAAUGCCAUGAAAAUACCAAGCUCCCGAAGACAGCCUUUAAAUAAAACAAAUGGGGGAGGAGGAGGGAUGGGAGAAACAAGUGAUAUUUUUUAGGACAAAAUAAAAUGGGAAGGUCUGCAUUUGGUGGGAUGGGGAGACAUGGGAAUUGCUGUAUCUUUGAAAAUUAAUACCUGAAUCUCCUAUGGUCUGACUUGGAAAAUGUUGUCAAAUCAGUGUACUUGUGUUUUCAAAUGAGGUUGUAAGGGGCACUGUUUGUGGGGUGACCUCCGUUCUGUAAAAGGAUCUUGUCUUCAAAGUAGAUUCUUUUCUUUCCUGGGAGUCUUGAUGUGUAUGAAUUUUGCCCCAAAAUUGCUGUUGUGGGAUUGCAAAACAAAAUACCAUUUCAAUCAAGGGAGUUUCAUUUCUGCUGUGAAAUUCUGAAUUUCUUUAUGGCCACUUAAUAUUUUUUUUUUCAUAAUUGGAGAAGGAAGAGUUCUUUAUGGGGUAUUUGAAACUGUGAGAAGUCAGGCACAUUCUUACAGAUUGGCUUAUUCUUCAUACUGUUCUGUUUAGGCUGGAGAAAGUAGCCUAAUUGUUAUUUAUUCAUACAGUAUCACUUUCAAUGACGAUGAUCCUGGUGACUCUAAAUAUCUGUUUAGGAAAACAGGGCUUCCAGUAUUGCACAGACAUUAGAAUUUUUGAAGGCUUUUUUUAAGCAGUUGCAAAUCAAAUCUUAAUUUUCAACUAUUUCUUUUAUGUUCCCCUUCCUAUCAGUAUGUUGGUAACCCCCAGGCAUCUCUCCCCCGGCCCCCCUCCCCGCAGUUUGUUUCUGGCACAUACGCAUACAAGUGAAAGGGCAGGGAGGUGGAAGUUGUAGAGGCCUUUUCUUCUGCUUAUUUGGUGGUAAUGGGAAUUAGCAGCAUAAAUAUUUAUGCCUUUAUGGGGAAGAAUAGACCCAUUUUUGUGUAUACCUGUACAGAGAGAUAUAUCUGUAUAUGAGAUGUUGGUAGCACUUUGCUGAAUGUGGACUUGCCCUCAUGAUGUACAAUAAAUACCUAUGAAUGCAAUCAAUCUAAAUCUAUAUAUAUACAUGCAUACAUAUGUAUAGAUGGAAUAAAUGUUGUAUCACACACAUGUACAUUAGUUGUAAGAUGAGUGUGUGAGCUAAAGAAAGAGACUGUCCUCAACGUAUGUGUAACAGGUAAGCACUUGUGCCAAACAAGGUUGUUUCAGUUCUUCUGAGGUAUUUGGAUGACAUCAGUGACUGAUGUGAGCUUGGUCAGCGUUGAUUUGUGUUACCUCAGCCCUCACAUUGGAGUUUCCUUGGUACGUUUCUGCUUUUGUUAUAUAUUAAUACUCAUUGAGGCCUCUUGCAAUGCCAGCCUCUUCUGCUCCUCUGCUCCACUGCCUCCAUCCCAGCUCCUCCUUGUCCCUGCAUCUCUACAGUUUCUCUUGCUAGCAGCAAUCAACUGUAAUGGCCCAGUCUGGCUCUGCUUAUGCAUUAGUGAAAUUCUCCUGAUGACUGUAGUGGCAGCUGAAUUGGGCCCUGAGCUUAUGCAGAACUUCCCAGCUAUUCAAUUGUGCUUGAGUAGGACUGUGAUUGAUUCUCAAAUGACCACAAACUUUACUUAGAGCCUGGUGCAAAGCUUCCUAGCAUAUUAAAAGGUUAUCCCAGCAUUGUUUUUAGAGGUACAUAUUAAAGAUGAGAAAAAUGCACCCACUGAAAAUAAUCUUCAGGUUUCAGCCCCUCAGAGAAAAAUGGGAGUUUGGUUUGCGUUCCUGACAAUGCAGGCAGUAGCAGAAGGCAGCUCUGUGCUCUGUUCUGAGCAGCGGGGUUGUCAGCAAACAUAUAAAGAGAAACACAGCUCUUUAAGCUUUACCAUUAAACAGAUUUUAAAACUUGCUGAAGAGUUGACUAUUAACACGCUAACACUUUGCAUCUAAUUGUGUUUUGAAUGAUCUUGCUUAUGCAAGUAAAUUGUGGCUUUAAGUAUUCUAUUUUCUGUUUUCUGGCUAAAUGGAGCUUCUCUAUCUUUUUAGCAGAAAGCAGCUGUCAGAAACCUGCUCAGUCACAUUUUAGCACUGUUGAAACUCCUGGCUAACUUAGGCUUCUGUUUCAAUGGAGAAUGCUGCUCCAAUUCUGUCAUUGAGGCGUUCCCGUGUUUUCAGUAUAUAGGGGGCACGAUUUUUCUUGGCCACAAUUCAGCCAUGGAACUUUUGUCUUCCUUGCGUCUAUCUUAGAAAAGGUAAUUGGGGUUCUGUUUCCUUUUAAGCUUUCAUGCAUUCAAACAUGACUAUUUCUAUAAUACAUAUGUUUGGGCAUGUGUAUGGGUAUGUCUGUAUACUGGGUGUGUAUAACACACAUUUAUACACACACACGUAUUACGCUAUUUCAGUUUAUGUAUGUGGAGAACAUACCUGUUGGUCCUCUCCUGAUAUAUACUCAUGCAUACAUAUAUUAAAUAUGUAUAUAGAGUGUAGGUGUCUUGCAUAUACGUGUGUAUAUGUUAUGAACCUUGGUUGGCAAUUUUUUUCCCACUUCUUGCAAAUUACUGUACCUUCUGACAUGCUUUCACUGAAGCUGCAUUAUAUAGAAGAGAUUGAGAAAUGUGUUAUCAAAGUUUUAUUUUAAAAAGGAAACUUUUACUUCUCUAAAGCCAUUUGUAGUUGUGUUUUGAAUUUUUACUAGAAGGGUUGUUAUUUAAAAAAAAGAAAGAAAAAAAAAAUCAAAAGCAAGCAGACAAACUCUUACUCCCACCAUCACUUAAAUGGACAUAAGAAAGAAAUGGAAACACAAGUUUCUAAGUAUUUAUUUCCUGCAGGGGUUUCUAAGGCAUGCUGUAAUCACAUUCUGUCCCAUUCCCCCUUUUGCCCAAUUAUAAUUAAUGAUUCAUGUUUUCUUUUACACAGCUUUUUCUCUCACUGCUUUACUUUUGUAAAUCAUUGUUCACCUCCUACAUUCAGUAGUACUGAUAUCACUAAGGAGAUUUCAUGUCCUUCUGCCCCUUUCAGGAGAAAAAGCAGUGCAUCACUAUUGCGUUAACACUUUAGCAUACUUUGUGGAGGAUGGAUGUUUUUAUUGAAGAUGCCUGUAACAAAUCCUUAACUUAUUUAUUGUCAGAAGCCUUAACUGGAAUCUACCAUUUGUUUGUUCCCAACAAAUUUCUGCAACUAUUUUUUUUCACCAACAUAAAAAGUAGUUCCCUUCUUACUCGAUGCCUGGGGUGUUAGGGUUUGAGUUUAUCGUUGUGGAUUUGGUUUGUGUUCCUCCCCCCCCUCCAAUUCCCCAAGAUGUUUAUCUGCAAGUGGAGCAAAACAGAUGUCAGAAUCUCAACCAAUACCCUUUUUGCAUUAAAGGGUAAAUAUCUUUCCUAGGUUUAAUACAAGAGAAGGUGGCUAAUGAAUAAUCCAAAAUGCUUGGAGAGAAUGCUCACUCUUUUUAAGGCUGUCUCAGAGAAGUUUGUGUUUGGUGUCAUUUUAAAGGUAGCUUGAUCAUGCUUUGAUAUCAGAAACAGCCUUGUAACAAAGAGCCCCGUGCAGUUGUUUGGCCACUAGAGUUUAAAAUGUAAACAAGUUGCAGUGGGAAAGCAAAGGUGAGGUGGUGUAUUUUGAACCAGUGAAUUGUAGCUUGCAAACGUAUCUGAUUUUGAAGUAACUGCAUGGUAGCAAGGAUUAGCAGUCUCUUACACCCCUUCCUUCUCCCUCAUCCCCGACACACGCGUUCAGCAUCCCGUACGUUGGGAAAAGUAAACAACUUAGUCCAGCAAAGCUACGUCCACUUAAUGACUGCUUGAAGGGAACAUACAAACUUGCAGUGCCACAUCCCGUCUCAUGGUAUUAGCUGGCAGACUGGCUAAUACGCACAAAGAGCCCAGCCCAGGUUGCUGCUGCGGACGCGUCGCCUCCGGAGAGCGCCUGGGGACGCCUGGGAAGAGGGGUCACUUCCUACGGGGGGACAGCAACUCUGCUGCUUCUAGUGCUGCAGGCUCACGGACAGCAUUCCAGGGGCGGGUAGGAAAGCUCACGUUUGUACUUUCCCUUUAAAUAGGAAAGGUUGGCUCACAUGUUCCUCAUACUUCUCAAUGAAUGUACUGUAUUACCAUUUAAAAAAAAAAGAAACAAGAAAAAAAAAAAUCAAUGAAAUGAUAAUAGAUUGGUCUCCUUUUGUUAUCUGGUCCUUGUUUAAUUUGUUUAAGGGUUUUUGUAUACAAAAGUUUACAUUUUUAUGUAUAUUUUUCUUGUGUAAAAACUGAUGUAAUAUGUGUAUAAAACACUGUAUGUAUUAUCUGUAUAUAGUGUGACAAAAUGAUUUUCUUUCUUUCUUUUGGAUGUAUUAAUAAAUCUUGCUGUGAAGUA